CCAGAGUCCAGGGACACGGUAGCUCGCGGCGUAAAUUUCGCGCCAUCGGAGCAACUUCACCUGCGCUCCAAAACCUAAUCGGGGUGGUAACGGUCGAGAUUUUAGCAUUGAAAAAUGCAUCUACGUACCGUCGGAAAAUCAUAUGCACAGUUUAUCGAUUACGGUCACCAAGAAUCGAUCAGUUAUCAACCUUGAUCAUAUUUUGAAACCAUUCGGUUAUCUACGCUUCAAUCCAUGGCGUGGUUCGAUCAAGAUCUUCCAAAAGUAGCUCGAACCACGAGCUCCGUCGAUCGAAACCUUUCAGAUAGAAGACGCAAUUGUUGAUAUUUUAGGAGAUUCGCGAGAUAUUCGAUCCGAUCCCUACCGCGUGUCUCCCGUUGCCACACAAGCGGUACGGGUUUCGCAAGAAAUCUCUAUCUUGGCCGCGUGCACACGUUUACUGUCGGCCAUUUCACGAUCGAUCGCGUCGUUUUCUUUUCUAUCGCUUCUUGGAAAGAGAAAGACACUUUACGAAUACUUGCUUUGAAAUCGUGGACCAGACGAAGUCUUCGACUUUUUCGGGAAACCAUUUUCGGUAUCUUUCUUCUAAAAAUACUCGCGCAAUUAGUAAGCCUUGUAUCGAUUACUUAUCUUCUCCCGCCAAAAAGAUAAAUUAACUCUACACGAGAGAUCUAGCUCGAUGAGGGCAUGUGCGAAAUUUGACUUCUAGAAUUAUAAUUCUAUAUAGAAUUAUAGAAUUCAAUUUGCCUAUGAGGAGGAAUAUAAACAUAUUGAUCGAAGGAUUAUUUUAUGGUUUACCCUUUAUUUACUCAGCUUCCUACUUUAUUUAGAAUUUAAAACUAGGCAUGUAUGGGAUGCCGGUAGUAAAGCUACAUUCGAAGGAAUGUUAAACGUGCGAUGAUCAAGCGAAGACGAACAAAACGAUCAAAGAAUUAUAAGAAUGUAGGAAAAGACGAAAAAGAUAAGAAAGAGGAUGUAGAAGAACAAACAGAUUCGAGCGAACGUAGGAAGAUGCCUUCUACGAAGAAGAUCGUCGUUUGUUAUUGAAGUUAUUUCACCGCCUGGGGGCAGAACAAGGCGAGGCUGUGAGCCAUGAGCGCGUCUUGUCCCUGGAUGACGAACAGUUUACGCUUCGAUUCAACUGGAAUUUUUCUAAAACAAUUCAACGUCUAGUCUCCAUGCGCACGGCGAUUCCUCCGUUGCAUAGGACAUCCGCGGCAUUUCAAUUAGCCACCUCGAGGAAUAAAAAUCGCGCUCGUUUCUUCGACAUCGUCCGCCGUGUUUGCGACCAAACGAGGAAUAUCGUUUUGAAGGAUCAACUUUUUCUCUCGGGAUCGAGUUCUAGGGCUUUUUUAGAUCAUGAAGAUAUGAGAUCAUCUUGACCAUCUUCGAAAAUUUUUUUUGGUACAGCGUCACUAAACGAUUAAGCUUUCCAUUCGAUUCAAAAUUCGAAAUCGAUGCGAAGAAUCUUUCAAGUCGAGUUUCUGGAAAGAUCCGACACUAUUUCCGCGUCCACCUGUUGCGAAUCGUGAUUCGGUCGUUCUAGUUUAGAGAAAACAAUGAACCAAGUGGCGCUUGUCAAAGGGUGGCGCGAGAGUUACGCUAUCCGGAAAGUGGACAGGGAACGAUUACCUGAAGGAAGUCGUCGUAAAACCAAUCUACUCGGCACUCAUUUACAGCCACUACCUUUCGAACGCCCGGAAGUGGGGAUUUUGCGUGAAAAACGAGGUUUUAGCUUCUCGAUCCUGUUAGUCGGUUCAAGCUCGUCCGAGCAGGACACACGCUGCUAAAAGAAUCGCACGGUUUUCAAACUGUAACUCGUGUUUUCAAUCGAUGUCUGUCCAAGUUUGAUCUUCGCCCUUCCACGAGAAGAAAGAAUUUCGAAAGGGUUCGUUCACGAGAACACGAUGACGAGUUGGAGCAGUACGGUGAUCGCGAUCGUUGGAAUCUUGCUUGUGGCGGUGAUAACGAAACAUUCGGAAGCCUGCAACGAAGCGAUCUGCGCCAGCGUGGUGAGCAAGUGUAUGCUCACGCAGAGCUGCAAGUGCGACCUCGUUACCUGUACCUGUUGUAAGGAAUGCUUCUCUUGCCUCAGUUAUCUCUACGAUGAGUGCUGCUCGUGCGUAGACCUCUGUCCGAAACCAAACAUCACGGACAACCCGUUGAGCAAGAAAUCUCACGUGGAAGAUUUCAGUGAACCGAUGCCAGGUUUGUUCCAAGCGUUAACCACCGAACCGGAUCCGCACGAACGUUGGCUCACAUUCACGUUUCCGGUAGACUUUGACAUAUCCCUGUUCACGCCGAAACCCGAGAAAGAGAUGAAAUAUCAUAUGCAAACUACCGAAGAGGCGGUGCACCCGUUGAAACCGAACGUAAUGACGGUGAACUGUACCGUUGCGUUCAUGGCACAGUGUAACUCGUGGAACAAAUGUCGGGCGUCUUGCCAAAGCAUGGGUGCUACCAGUUACAGAUGGUUCCACGAUGGGUGCUGCGAGUGCAUAGGGGACACCUGUAUCAAUUACGGAAUCAACGAAUCAAGAUGCGUACACUGUCCGUUGGACAAGGAAGAGGACGAUCUGAAGGACCAAUACGACGACUACGGUCAAGAUGAGGACGAUUUGACGGAGGUCGAGAUCGACUAGCCGUGUCUCUUCUUCGACGGUGUGCAUUCCCGGUGAUGAUACUUUCACGAAACGAGCCGUGAACAAUUUCUCCGCACGUUUGUCGAGUUUCUUGUUACGUAGUGUCACGAUCGACGACCGUUUCGCCUUUUCGAAACGAAGAUGUUUUGAACGAUAGACUCGUGCUCCCUUGAAAAGGGAUUCGUUCGUAGCGAGGUGUAUUCGAAAGAUUUGAAAUGAGCAAACAACCGUCUGUAAAGGCUUAAAGCCUACGUCAACUGUAGCCGUCCAGAUUUUUCAACAAACGGAUGCAGCGAAACGAUGGGCAAAUUCAAAUGACCCUUCCGAACUGACUGCGAUCGCAGCGUGACUCCAGCGGCUUAGCGCGUUAGUCAUCGCUCGUUUUUACGUGUUAAAUAUGUAUGUAAGUAGCCCUGUCGUGUCAAUGUUUUGUUUUGUGCCAUAUGAUUGUACAUGUACCGAAAGGAAUCGUUCGUAAUUCGAUUGACGUACACGAAACGCAUUGUCCUCUUAACUUCUGUUCUUCGACUGUGCGUGCGCUGUUGGAAAUGUUAAUCUUUCGCGAUCCAAGCAUGCCUUUCCAUUACAACUUCUUCAAAUGUUUACGAACUUUGAAAUUUUUUACGAAAAGUUCUAAGAUGGGUCUCUUAGAAUUUUUUUAAAGUGUGUCGAUUAGCAAAUCAAAUUUUAUAUACAAAAAUGGGUCGCAAUUUAACGUCCAUCGAUUUGCAUCGAUAGAACAGAACAUAUAUGAUUAAGCGUUGACGAAGGGUACAUGGUGUGUCUACAUGAUAUUGAGUGUGAAGUAAUCAAGUUACAAAAAGUAUAAUUUGUACAUAUGAUAUGAUUUAAUGUAGCGUUUGAAUACGCCAUAUGCACGAUAUUAUCGAGACAAUGCAAAGAAUCGAACGCAAAGAACAUGUUCCAGUUUAUAAUUUCUAAUUCAUGCAUUUAAAUGUAAUACAAAUUAACAAUAUUAGCGUUAGAUACUUAACGUAAUGAUACUUAAAACUGAAGAUUCGAUUAAAGCUUCACGAUAUUGACCGAAGAGUGGAACUCGAUAACGAAAUUCCAAAAAAAGUAACAACUCUCCCCAGAUAAAUUAUCGACAGACUAGAGAGGGGAAACGGCAAUCGAUAUUAAAUAAUCAUUCGUGAAUAAAUUAGCGUGAAUAAUUAAAAACCUUUAUAAAUAACUAUGUAUGUAAUAUGUUUCAUCCUUCGAAUGAUUAUGUACCGAUGUGUCGCGCGAUAAUAUAAACACACUCAUUCGACUCUA